ACCCGUGGUGCUCAUCCGCAAAUACACCCAGUUUUUGAGCUUUUGCGCGUUUUUUGUUUGUUUGUAAUCAUCUCAUUCUGUGCGUAAUUACGCGCAGAUGUUGCCCAAAAUCCAUGAAGUAUCCAAUUGAAUUUUCUCUUUUUAGGAGCAGUAUCAGUUCUCAUUGAUGGGAUUGGAUGUGUGGAACUUCAGCACAGCGCGCACAAGAGGGGUGUGACCAUCCCAAAAGUUUUUUUUCGUUCAGAGGACUACCUGGAGAGGCUCCGGGCGCUGCGCAUAAAUAGUCCCCCUCCUGAGCUCGACCUCAGUCCUGAGGGAGAGACACUGCAGAGACGACAGUAAGUUUGAGUUGACCGACUUUCAGUGGAUUAUGAACGCGUUUGGACACCAACCUUCCACCCAGCAGAGCAGCCCCAUUCAGCACAGCGCGCAGGAGAUUCUGGACAUGGCGGUGUACUGCGACAACUACGGCGUCUACCAGCAGAAUCUCCACCACCACCAUCACCCCCAGAGGCCGCCGCCUCACCCACCCAGCUACGGCCUCGGAGAGUACACCUCUCAGUCCACGAACCCGUACCUGUGGCUGAACGGACCGGGCAUCAACUCCUCUCCGUACCUCCCCGCGAACAACGGCGCGUCCUACCUCCAGUCUGGAUACGGGUCCAACCAGAGGCAGUUCUUGCCGCCUCCCACGGGGUUCGGGGGAGCAGAUCUGGGCUGGUUGUCCAUAUCCAGCCAGCAGGAGCUCUUCAAGAUGGUCAGACCUCCGUAUUCCUACUCUGCUCUCAUAGCCAUGGCCAUCCAGAACUCUCAGGACAAGAAGCUGACGCUCAGCCAGAUCUAUCAAUACGUUGCUGACAACUUUCCUUUCUAUAAGAAGAGUAAAGCUGGAUGGCAGAAUUCAAUUCGCCACAACUUGUCACUGAAUGACUGCUUUAAAAAAGUGGCGCGUGAUGAGGAUGAUCCAGGUAAGGGGAACUACUGGACGCUUGACCCCAACUGUGAGAAGAUGUUCGACAACGGGAAUUUCAGAAGGAAGAGGAAGAGGAGAGCGGAUGCUAGCGGCUCAGAGAGCGGCUCUCCGUGCGUCAAAUCCGAGGACAACGCGCACAAACUCUCCGACACCGCCAGCCUGCUCAGCUCCUCCCCGCCCAGCCUGCACGGAUCCCCGGCCUCCACGGAGACCAAAACCCCCCCACCAGCCUCCGGGGACAGCAGCCCGUGCUUCAGCAACUUCGUGUCCACCGUGAGCUCGCUGCUGGCGGGGAGCGGGGCCAGCGAGAGCCCGCAGGGCUGCGGCGCCGCGCACCCCGCGGGGCUGGCGCAGACGCGGGAGGGCAUGUCCGGACUGGGCUCCUACUCCCCCACGUUCGUGUCUCCCCUGAACUCUGACAACGGCAGAAUGAGCUAUUAUCCAUCAAUGCAGAGCCUCUCCAACCACUUCAGUGUGAAUAACCUCAUAUACAGCCGGGAGGGCACAGAGGUUUAGACUUUUUGUUCCUUUUUACGCAGCAUCGUCCUCACCACAAUGUGCCUUUACCUUCAAUGUGUUUAUAUGUAAAUAAUUUGAUUUUUUUUUUGUUGAAGCUGCUCGUUUUGGAGCUAUCUUUGUCUCAAAAGUGAACCCUCUUGUGUACAGAAAUUAUUUUCAUAAGAGAAACCAUGUAUUUUAUUUAAACUCACGUGCAUGUUUGAAUAAAAGUUGUUUAUUUUGACAGCAAA